UUCAACGCUCAUCAUAACAAGAUGGAGUCUUCAGAUAGCAUGCGGAACAAAUGCGCGGCAUGCUUCAGACAGUUCAUCAGAAUGGAGCACCUGGUUGACCACAUGAGAACUGCGUAUCAUUCAGUUCAUGAACCUACCUGCGGAGUGUGUCAGAAACACUGCAGGUCGUUGGAAUCGCUAAGGGAACAUCUUAUAGGUCCAUUGCCGAAACAAGAGUGCAAGAAUUUGUUCAACAUCCGAGGAUGCAAAUUCUGCUUAGCCAUUCUGGAUAGCCCAUACGCUCUUAGGAUCCAUCAAGACAGAUGCCAGCUCUCGGGAGUAAAUUAUGGAAUAACGGCUCGUCUGGCUAACUUAGGUCUUCGUGAUAGCUUGACAAUCGACAAUGGUUUUUCAAGAGGCCCGCAAGUAGUUGCACUAGCUUGCAAAAUGGUUGGUGCUGGCAGUGACGGCUCAUUAGAUCUUUGUGCAAGGGUUUGCAUCAUUGAUGAAAAUGAGAAAUUGAUCUACCAUACUUAUGUCAAACCACCAAUUCCAGUUACAAACUACAGGUAUGAAACCACAGGCAUUCGACCAGAAUAUUUGAGAGAUGCAACGCCAUUGAGACAAGUGCAAAGAAGGAUUCAAGACUUCCUUUGCAAUGGAGAACCAAUGUGGAAAAUUCGAUCUCCUAAAGGUGGCAAAGCCAGGAUUCUCGUGGGUCAUGGUCUUGAUCAUGAUCUUGACCGUCUCCAAGUAGAAUAUCCAGCACUCAUGAUAAGGGAUACUGCAAAAUAUCCUCCGUUAAUGAAAACAAGCAAACUUAGCAACUCACUCAAGUACUUAACCCAAGCAUACCUGGGGUAUGACAUCCAAACCGGCAUUCAAGACCCUUAUGAGGACUGCGUUGCAACAAUGAGGCUUUACGUGAGGAUGAGGAAUCAAGCUCAUAGGAGAGAAAACUAUCCACUGGCUUCUGACCCUCAAAACCGAAACAACUUUGCAUCAUGGAGGCAAAGUGAGCUCGAGAGGAUGUCCCCAGAAGAAAUGCUGGCUGCCUCAAGGUCUGACUACUACUGUUGGUGUUUGGACUCUGAAUGA